AUGGAUGUAACAAACGCGGAAUUAAAAGCAAUGAUGACAAUAUUUGAAGAAGUAAGGAAUAUAAAAACAGGACAGGAAAAGUAUCAAGCAGAAAUCUCAGCAUUAAAAGAAGAAAACCAAAAGUUAAAUGAAAAACUUAAUAAGGUGGAGAAAAAAAUGGAAAAACUCGAAAAGGAGAAAAAAAGAAAUAAUGUCAUAAUAAGAGGUACAAAAGGAAUAAGAGAAUUAGCAAUUCAGGAAGUAUCGGGAGUUUUAGAGAAAAUGGGCGUAGAUAAUAUUGAAUUUUUAAAAGUAGAAACUAUCAAACCAAAAACAGGGAAGUCUUUUAUUGUUGCUCAUCUAAAAGAUGGAGAAAUGAAAACAAAAAUUAUGCAAAACAAAAGUAAGUUAAAGGGAUUAGAUAUUUACAUAGACAAUGAUUAUACGGAAGAAGAACAAAAAGUACAAAAAACAAUAGCUGAGUAUGCAAAAAACAUAGCCAAAGAGGGAAGAAAAGUAAAAAUAGGAUACAGAAAGCUCAUAAUUGAUGGACAAAAAUGGGUGUGGAAUGACGAAACAAGACAAUUAGUGGAGAUACCAAUAGAGCAAGAAGAGUGUGGGGAAGGUAGCUCGACCCAAACAGGUGCAAAAAACUAA